CUUUUACAGAGGACGGCUCACAUGAAUAUUUCAGUUGCGCGUCUUAUUACUUUAAAAAGAAACAAAAAAUAUACAAAAGAUUAAAACUAACCAAAACAAUGGGCUGUAUUCAAAGCUUCAGGCAAUUGUGCGACUAUCCAAAGAAUACUAAUGUUCAUAUCAGUUUUCCAGCAGUGUGCUUUGUGUGGCAAACUGCCAUGAUCAUAUUGUUUGGGAUUUUUGUUCGUUACAAUGAAGAAUCAGAUUCACACUGGUCAGAAUACAAAAAAGCUAAAAAUCUAUCGGACAUUGACAAUGACUUCUACUUCAGAUAUCCAAGUUUCCAGGAUGUCCAUGUAAUGAUCUUUAUUGGAUUUGGCUUCCUGAUGACAUUUCUUAAGCGCUACAGCUUCGGCGCGGUGGGUUUUAACUUCCUCAUCGCAGCCUUCGGCAUCCAAUGGGCACUGCUAAUGCAAGGCUGGUUCCACUCCAUGGAUGCAGAGGGAAAAAUCAGAAUUGGAGUUGAAAACAUGAUCAAUGCAGACUUCUGUGUGGCGAGCUGCUUAAUAGCCUACGGGGCGGUGCUUGGUAAAGUCAGUGCUGUCCAGCUGCUGGUUCUGACUCUGUUUGGCGUCACAUUGUUUGCUGUGGAUGAAUAUAUUAUCAUUAGUCUCAUACAUGCCAAAGAUGCUGGGGGCUCCAUGUCGAUCCACACAUUUGGAGCUUAUUAUGGUCUUUGCAUCUCGUGGAUGCUCUAUCGGCCAAACCUGAACCAGAGCAGUCGUCUGCAGGGCUCCGUCUACCACUCAGAUGUCUUUGCUAUGAUUGGCACCCUCUUCCUGUGGAUGUUUUGGCCCAGCUUCAACUCAGCCAUUGCAAACCAUGGGGACGGGCAGCACAGAGCAGUCAUCAACACCUACCUGUCUUUGGCCUCAACUGUGCUCACUUGUAUGGCCAUCUCGAGUCUCUUCAACAAGCAUGGAAAACUAGACAUGGUUCACAUCCAGAACUCCACUCUUGCUGGAGGUGUUGCAGUGGGGACUGCAGCAGAGUUCAUGCUGACGCCCUAUGGUGCUCUGAUCGUAGGAUUCUGCUGCGGUAUAAUCUCCACACUGGGAUAUAUCUACCUCACGCCUUUCAUGGAGAAGCAUUUGAAGAUCCAGGACACAUGUGGAAUCCAUAACCUGCAUGCCAUGCCAGGACUAAUAGGUGGCAUUGUGGGAGCCAUUACUGCUGCAUCUGCAUCAAAGUCCGUUUAUGGCGAGGAAGGGCUGAUUAACACCUUUGACUUUGUGGGUAAAUACAAAGACGUGGUACCCACACAGCAGGGUGGGUUACAGGCUGCAGGCCUCAGUGUGGCUCUCUGCUUUGGUGUGGGCGGAGGUGUCCUUGUCGGUUUUAUUUUAAGAUUACCUAUCUGGGGAGAUCCCGCAGAUGACAAUUGUUUUGAUGAUGAGCCCUACUGGGAGCUUCCUGAGGAUGAAGAGGUCGUCACACCAGUCCUUCAGUACAACAACCACAUGCAGAACAAAGAUGUAGCGGAGUCACAUUUCACCAUGGAACAGACCUGACGCUAGGCCUUGAACCGGAUGGAUCUCUGUCUCUGUCGCACUGCCCCUUUGUUCCUUUUUUAUUCUCCUGCUUGACAGAAAUAUUAUCAAUUAUUCCCCUUCAAUCCAAUUAAAACCAGUUUUUUGUCAGUGAAUAUAUGUCUAACAGGUUUUUGUUUGUUUGAAGUGAAAAAAUCUGCCAGUGGAAUAAGAUUGUUUUUGUUUUAUAAGGUAUAUAUAUUUUAGUUGAAAUCAAUUAAUAUUAAAUCUAAUGUAUUAAAUAUUCUAUUAGAUGAGUGGCAUUCUUUGUGAUUUGUGGAAUGAUUUGCCUCAUUUUAACAUUGAGAGGUAGAUUUACUCACUUAAACUGCAGAAUUUCGCUCUUGUGUCACAUAAAACCAGAUGUAAAGGCUCAGACUAAAACCAACUUAAACAUGUCCAUGAGAACAUAACCAAUGUUACUUUAAGUGGUUGUAAGAGAAAUAUUUGAAUCAUAUUUUGUAUUACGUUUUUCUUCAAAUCCACCUGAGUGGCACUUUUCCUAAUAUCAAAUUUUUAUUUUUCUUCUGUCUGUGUGACAUAAAAGACCGCAGUGAACAGUAACAUUUAUUAAAGAGAAUACACAGACUUUUUGGCAACUUUA